AUACAGUACAUUCUGCUGCUUAUCCGGGGAUGUCACACCACUGCUAUUUUCUCCCCUCAGUCCCUCUCACUCUCAGCCUACAGCUCCAGCGGACUGACACGGGGCUUUGGCUAGAAAGAAACGAACAAUAAAAUACAAAACAGAGGCCAAAAAUGGCAGAGCUUGGAGCGGGAAGCCUGCCGUUAGGGGAUCCUGCUUUUAAUUACCAGGAGCACGAGCUGAACGAGCGGCUGAAGCGGCUCUACCCGGCUGUGAACGAGGAAGAGACCCCUUUACCCCGAUCCUGGAGCCCCAAGGAUAAAUACAGCUACAUUGGGCUGUCACAGAACAACCUGCGGGUCCAUUACAAAGGCCAUGGUAAGAACCACAAGGACGCAGCAUCAGUGCGAGCCACACAUCCAAUCCCCGCUGCCUGUGGGAUCUACUACUUUGAAGUCAAGAUUGUCAGCAAAGGUCGAGAUGGGUACAUGGGCAUCGGCCUGUCUGCUCAGGGAGUCAACAUGAACAGACUGCCCGGAUGGGACAAGCACUCAUACGGUUACCAUGGAGAUGACGGCCACUCCUUCUGCUCCUCUGGGACCGGCCAACCAUACGGCCCAACGUUCACCACGGGGGACGUGAUAGGCUGUUGCGUGAACCUCAUCAACAACACUUGCUUUUACACCAAAAAUGGCAUCAGUUUAGGUGUAGCCUUCACAGACCUCCCUCCCAACCUGUACCCCACUGUGGGGCUUCAAACUCCGGGUGAGAUUGUAGACGCCAACUUUGGCCAGCAGCCAUUUGUCUUCGACAUCGAGGACUACAUGAGCGAAUGGCGGGCCAAGAUCCAUGGCAUGAUAGCUCGCUUCCCCAUAGGAGAGAGACUGGGGGAGUGGCAGGCCGUAUUGCAGAAUAUGGUGUCCAGCUAUCUGGUGCAUCAUGGGUACUGUGCCACUGCAACAGCUUUCGCCAGAGCAACAGAGACCAUGAUACAAGAGGACCAGGCAUCUAUAAAGAACAGACAGAGAAUACAGAAGCUGGUGCUGGCAGGACGGGUGGGCGAAGCCAUAGAAGCUACUCAGCAGCUUUAUCCCGGCCUGUUAGAACACAACCCCAACCUCUUAUUCAUGUUGAAGUGUCGCCAGUUUGUGGAGAUGGUGAACGGUACAGACAGUGAGGUUUGCUGCUUGACCAUUCGCUCGCCCAAAUCCCAGGACAGUUAUCCUGGCUCACCCAGCAUCAGCCCCCGCCACGGCGCCGGCAACACACACCUGCACACCGGAGGAGCAGACAGCCCGACCUGCAGUAACGGGGUGACUCCCACCAACAAGUCAAAGAGCCACAGUGGCGCCGGCAGCAGCAGCGUCAAAUACCCCAGCGUGUCCUCCUCCGCCUCCUCCUCCACCUCCUCCUCCCCUUCCUCCGUCAACUACACCGAGUCCAACUCCUCCGACUCCACUAAGAGCCAGCCGCACAGCGCUAACAGCACCCAGGAAACCAGUGACAGUGAGAUGGAGAUCGAAGCAGAGCACUAUACCAACGGGGUUGUUGAGGGCUCCUCAGCGCGGAUCAUGAAUGGCACAUACAAGCACGAAGAGAUCCUUCAGCCAGACGACAACAGCAUUGGCAAUGGGGUCACAGCAGAUGUGGGUUCUUGUAAUAGUAGGCAGCUUUGUGGAGGGAACCAGGCAGCCACAGAGAGGAUGAUCCAGUUUGGACGGGAGCUGCAGGCGCUCAAUGAACAGCUGUGCCGCGAGUACGGAAAGAACGCCACACACAAGAAGAUGUUACAGGAUGCGUUCAGCCUGCUAGCGUACUCAGACCCGUGGAACUGCCCCGUGGGUCAGCAGUUAGACCCUACGCAGAGAGAAUCACUCUGCUCCGCACUCAAUAGCGCCAUACUGGAGUCCCAAAAUCUGCCUAAGCAGCCUCCACUGAUGUUAGCGCUCGGCCAGGCCACAGAGUGUGUUCAGCUCAUGGCCCGAGUCCGGUCUGGUUCCUGCUCCUUUGCCAGAGUAGACAACUUUUUGCACUAGCCCAGGUCCAGGUUAAUGUUAAGUAGCACUGAGAGAAGGCAUGUCCAGCAGGUAGUUGUCAAGGCGACGGAGGAAAGAGCAUGCGUGUGAUUGGUGUGUUUGGCUGUCCGUCAGACCGAGCCAGCGGCACAGACAGAGGAGCAGAGGAGAGCGGGAGAGAAGAAGGCUUCCUUUUAAUUUAGUAUUAUCAAAUAAAGAAAUGUGUGACACUAUUUAAAGAUAAUUAAUUAUUAUUCUGUUUAUCUAGCCAUUUUUAUAGUUCUUUUUUGUCAGUUUGUUGUGCUCAUCCUGGACAAAACUAAUUGUAAUUCCCCUUUAUAUUUUUUUUCUUCUGUUUUUAUGGGUGGAUUUUGAUUCCCUACGAGCAGUAUUUUACUCACAUUCUUGUUGUCCACCAUAUCACAGACCACAAUACUCUCAUCUGGUUAGCAAGGUGACCUCCACGACUGUAAGUCAAUUGAACUCAACCUGAAAUAUAUUACCAUCAUCUUUAAUAAGAUACAGAAGACAGAAAGACUCUGAUCCCUUUCCCCCCUAAAAUAUCCACUUGGAAGUACAUUCAUGUCUUGAAAUGCAUUCAGAAGGGUGAGCAGUCCAGCAUGAAAAACACCUCUGAAUGUGUGGAGCAGAUCAUUAGCUCUUGUCAAGGCUGAUGACAUACAGUAGUAAACACUACUAAACAAAGCGGGUCCUCAAAUGAUUCCAGAAAGUUUGAAAUAAAAAUGUAUUUCUAUAUGUCACAGUAAUCUAAUGUUUCAAGAAUAAAAUUCUUUGAGCUAACAGGUUAGUAACCAAAGAGCAGGACACGUCCUGAAAGAAAUCACCCGUGUAAUAAAAAAAAACAAAAAAAAAACAAAACAUAAUUGAAGGGUCGCUGUAGUGGUGAACACU